UGCGCACAUUCGCACACACAUUAACGCGCUGACACGUUUGGCGGGGGGCGUGCUGCAGCAGUUGAAAAGGGGUUCCUAAUCAAACCGCACCAGGGCCGUUCAUUCUCCACUGGAGGGCGAGUGGUACAAGAACACCGGGACACUCCGGCGGCACGGACAGAGCUGACAGGCGAAGGGAGACGGGAUAGAGCAGCAGCUGGAAGACACAGACAGGCAGCCACACACACAGAACAUCCCGACCCGGACUGCAAAUCAUCUUUUCUUUCCACCGUCGGAUUAAACCCGUCCCCAACACCGAAUCACGCCAAGACAUGAGCUUCUCCCACUGAGCGUUAUUGAUGCUGAACUGAGUGGUCCAGUGCUGUCCUCCGGUGUUUCCCCUCCCCUUCAAUUUUCUGUCGCUGUGUCUGUCACCUGGAAUCUGAGCAGCCAUGACGAAGUCUUACAUUUUCAACUGGCAGAAGCACCUGCCUGAGUUCAUGCAGGAAGGUGCCUCCUUCGACAGGUUUGAUGAGGACCCGUACGUCUUUGAGCCCAACUGUCAGAUGACGGUGGACGAGUUUGGCUUUUUCAUCUGCUGGAAGAGUGAGGGGAAGGAAGGCCAGGUUCUCGAGUGUUCGCUCAUCAACAGCAUUCGCGUCGGCGGCGUCCCAAAGGAACCCAAGAUCUUGGCAUCAUUCGAGGCCCUUGGAAAGACAGAGUCGGACUUAGAGGGCUGCAUCAUCUGCAUCUGCAGCGGCACAGACCUGGUCAACCUCAACUUCGUGUUCAUGGUGGCCGAGAGCCCGGACACAGCCCGGAAAUGGAUCGAGGGUCUCAGGUCAGUGAUUCACAACUUUAAGGCAAACAACGUCUGUCCAAUGACCUGCCUCAAGAAACAUUGGAUGAGAAUGUGCUUCCUGACCAAUGUGAAUGGUAAAAUUCCUGUGAGAGGCAUUACUCGAACAUUUGCAUCAGGAAAGACCGAGAAGGGGAUCUUUCAGGCUCUGAAGGACCUCGGCCUUCCGAGUGGAAAGAACGAUGAGAUUGAACCUUCAGAUUUCACCUUUGACAUUUUCUACGCGCUCACACAGAAGAUCUGCCCUCGCACAGACAUAGAGGAACUCUUCAAGAAAAUCAAUGGGAAAGAAACUGAUUAUUUAACUGUAGACCAGUUAGUCAGCUUUCUGAAUGAAAACCAGCGUGACCCUAGAUUAAAUGAGAUCCUGUUCCCGUUCUACGACCCCAAGAGAGCCAUGCAGAUCGUCGAGAAAUACGAGAGAGAUGACGAGUUGAAGAAGAAAGGUCAAAUGUCCAGUGAUGGAUUCUGCCGGUACCUGAUGUCAGACGAAAACGCUCCUGUUUUCUUGGACCGGCUGCAGCUGUAUCAGGAAAUGGAUCAGCCGCUGGCCCACUACUUCAUCAGCUCGUCCCACAACACCUACCUGACGGGGCGACAGUUUGGAGGGAAGUCCUCUGUGGAGAUGUACCGCCAAGUCCUGCUGUCUGGAUGCAGAUGUGUGGAGCUGGACUGCUGGGACGGUAAAGGAGAGGACCAGGAGCCCAUCAUCACUCAUGGGAAGGCCAUGUGCACAGACAUCCUUUUCAAGGAUGUUAUCCAAGCCAUCAAGGAAACAGCAUUUGUGACCUCAGACUACCCUGUUAUUUUGUCCUUUGAAAACCAUUGCAGUAAACCACAGCAGUACAAGAUGGCCAAGUAUUGCGAUGACACCUUUGGCGAGUUCCUCCUCAAACAGCCUCUGGAAAACUAUCCGAUUGAAUCUGGGCGCCCCUUACCCUCUCCAGGUGAACUCAAACGUAAAAUCCUCAUCAAAAACAAACGCUUGAAACCUGAAGUGGAACAGAAACAGCUAGAGGCCUUUAAGAAACACAUGGAGGCAGGAGAGACCAACACACCUGCCAUCAUUAUGGGAGAGGAGAUUGAAGAGGAAACAGAGAAUGGAGAAAAGGAGGUUGAGUUAAAUUCUGAGGCCCCCAGCAGUCUGUCAGAGGCCAACAGUGUUUCCCAGAGCAACGCUGUCAGCUCCAAGAAGGAGAACAACCUCAGCAACAGUACCAAGAAGGUGCCGGACGAUGAAGUGACGGAGAUGUCUGAAGCCACAGAAGCAACAGACGCCACAGAUAUCUCGGAAGCAUCUGACCAAGACAAUAACAAAAAGGUUGCAGAAGAAGCGGAAGACUCUGAGGAGGCUCUGAUAGCUCAGUACACCUAUGUAGGAGCCACCACUAACAUCCACCCGUGGCUCUCAGCCAUGGUCAACUACGCACAGCCCGUCAAGUUCCAGAGUUUUGACGUGGCGGAGGAAAGGAACAUUCACCAUAACAUGUCGUCAUUCAACGAGUCUGUGGGUUUGGGCUAUCUGAAGACCAACGCCAUCGAGUUUGUCAACUACAACAAGCGUCAGAUGAGCCGUAUCUACCCCAAAGGGGGCCGGGUGGACUCCAGUAAUUACAUGCCACAGAUCUUCUGGAACGCAGGCUGCCAGAUGGUCUCACUCAACUUCCAGACCCCAGAUCUGGCCAUGCAGCUCAACCAAGGAAAGUACGAGUACAACGGCUCCUGCGGGUACCUGCUGAAGCCUGACUUCAUGCGGCGGUCAGACAGGAUGUUUGACCCUUUCUCAGAGACGCCUGUGGACGGAGUCAUCGCAGCAACCUGCAGUGUUCAGGUGUUCUCUGGACAGUUCCUGUCAGACAAGAAAAUUGGCACGUACGUUGAGGUGGACAUGUACGGACUGCCGACGGACACCAUCCGGAAGGAGUUCCGCACCCGCAUGGUGAUGAACAACGGACUGAACCCUCUCUACAACGAGGAGCCCUUCGUCUUCAGAAAGGUGAUCUUACCCGAUCUGGCGGUCCUGCGCAUCGCCGUUUACGACGACAACAACAAGCUGAUUGGUCAGCGCAUCCUGCCUCUGGACGGCCUGCAGGCUGGCUACCGUCACAUCUCGCUGAGGAACGAGGGCAACAAGCCCCUGUCGUUGCCCACCAUCUUCUGCCAAAUCAUCCUCAAGACAUACGUGCCCGACGGCUUUGGAGCAAUUGUGGAUGCCCUAUCGGACCCAAAGAAAUUCUUGACCAUAGCAGAGAAAAGAGCUGACCAGAUGAAGGCGCUGGGGAUUGACACGAAUGACAUAGCAGACGUUCCCAGUGGAAGCUCAAAGAAUGACAAGAAGGGGAAAGGGAAAGGAGACACGGUGAAGGCCAACGUCACACCGCAGGCCAGCUCGGACAUGGCCCAGAGCUCCAACUUGGCUCACAAUAACAACGCAGAAAACAAAAAGGAUACUGCACUCGUGCCUAAUGUCAGCAUUGAGGACUUAAAACUAAUGAAGACGUACCUUAAAUUGAUUAAAAAGCAACAGAAGGAGCUCAACACUUUAAAGAAGAAGCAGGCAAAGGAUCAAAGUACAAUGCAGAAAGCCCACUGCACCCAGGUGGACAAGAUGGUGUCACAGAAUGAGAAGGAGAAGACCUCCCUGGAGAAACUACUAGAGAAAGCCAUUAAAAAACGAGGGGAAAACAACUGCCAAGAGCUGAAGAAGGAGACGGAGGAUAAGAUCCAAACACUGACCGCUGAUCACAAAGUCAAGGUAAAAGACAUCACAGCACAGCACACUAAAGAGUGGUCCGAGCUGAUCAGCAGCCACAGCAGCGAGGAGCAGGUGAUGAAGGACGGCCACGUCACACAGCAGUGCGAACACCUCAAGAAACUCCUGACCACCGUGCAGGAGCAGCAGACCGUGCAGCUCAAACUCAUCCACGAACGGCAGAGCAAAGAGAUGCGUGCCAACCAGGCCAAGAUGUCCAUGGAAAACAGUAAAGCCAUCAGCCAGGACAAGUCCAUCAAAAACAAGGCAGAGAGAGAGAGGAGAGUGCGAGAGUUAAACAGCAGCAACACCAAGAAGUUCCUGGAUGAGAGGAAGAGGCUGGCCAUGAAGCUACAGAAAGAGAUGGAGCAGCUACAGAAAAACCAGAGAGAACAGUUGGAGAAACUGGAGAAGUUCAAUGAGCAGCUUUUGAAAUCACACCAUGCAAACAAACAGGUUCAAGGCCAAGGACAUGCAACAGAUGGUGAAGUUGGAGGAGGAGAUGGACCGCAGACCUGCCACGGUGGUGUGAGCGAAUGAGACAGAGGCACAUGCAUGCACGCACACACACACACACACACAUGCAUGCAGGUGCAGAAACACUGCACCGCUGAUAGCCCUCUACAACCCAGAGACAUUAACCCUGGUUACAUCACUGUCUCUACUUUCUGUCAUCUUUCACACACAAACAAACACAGUAGCCCUCCCACCACUCAGUUUCUGCACCCUUACCUCACCCACCAACUCUACAACACUGAGCCAUUGGUGCUCCAAUGUUACCUCGGAAGCAAAACACAGAAUCAGACGUAUCCCCUCCUCCACUGUUUGUAGUUUGAAAUGUUCACCUUCAAUGCUCUCUGAAUCCUACGGGCAACACAAGCUGCAGCUAUGGGUGGACACACACUCACUCACACACACACACAUGCACAAACACUCACUCACGGGAGGUGGAUAACCAUUCCCUUUUAUACUUUGUUCCUUCUUUCUUUCUUUGAAAAUGGUACCCGAUGAACUGCUCCGGAAAGGGCGCGAAGAGGUGAAAAGAAUAUGUUUAAGAUUUAAUGUCAUUUCAGCACAAAUGAAAAAAGGUUGUGAAAUACACUGUACGCUACACACCAGUCCUGUCCUGAGCACUUUGUAUGUGUAGGCCAUUAUAACAAUGUGGAAAAUGUAGCAGUGCACUACUGUAGGUUUUCUGUAUUUCAGUAAGAAUGUAUUUUUAAAAAAGAAAAUCACUUUAUGAAGGAGUAGCAAACACCACGUGUCACCUAUACCUACAAUGCAAGUUGUGUGGCUUCACAAAGAUGUGUUACUGACGUUUUUGUUGUCCGACAAUGUUACAGCCGACUAUAAAAAGGCUUAUUAUCUUCGCUGCGUCAAAAGACUAUAAAGGGAUCACAAUGGAGAGAUGUUCACUUUGAUUAUGGCCCAUUUCCCCAGUCAAGUUCUGUGUUUAAAUGCUAUACCCUAGAGAUUGUGUACCUUUUGUGUUUUACUUGAAAAUAACAUGCUAAAGUCAUUUUUAUUUAUUUUUACAAUUGCCCUCAAUCAUCCCAAGUUUAUACCUGCAAAUCUCAAAGUGUUAUGCUCCUAAUGUUGGGCUCAAAAUCACCUCUAUACUAUGCAAACUAUACAAAACAUGAUUCCCUUCAAGCUUAAGGUGUCAAAAAUACAGAAAAUCAAUUAUGACCGUGACCAAAAGAAAUAGAGGAAAAUUAUACAGUAAUAGUUACCCAAAUGUUUUAUUUGUUUUGCCUUUAAUGAUGGAUGACUAAACAACAUGAAGGUAAUACAUUGAAAGCAGAGGCUCCAUAGUCUAAAACAAGACAUCCAGCUCUAUAGCACCCACUUUGUCAAGGCCUAAGAGCCCUAGACAUAAACACUGCACCACUGUAUACCAGAGAGUAUCUACAGUAGCAUAUACAUCUGGAACAACCGGAGAACUGUUAACUGUGGAAACUACCCAGAAAAAGAGGCCCGUUGACAAAGUAGGCAAAUAAAAGAAGGAAGGUUUAAAACUGUUAUUUCUUCUAAGCCAGAUGAGUAACUAACAACACCUGGCCAUGUUGCUUACAAUAUGAACAAGCAGAUUAAAAACGUGCACAUGUGGGCAAAGUUGUGGAGAGUUUUGCACUCGAAACUCUUGUGAAAUUGUGCCAAACUCUUAACACACAUGUAGCAACAUGUGUCAAUGCGUGGCAGCACAUUCAUUCUGCUGUGAUGCAUUGUGUUAAUUGAGCAGCCCAUCACCAUCGGACAAGAACUUUUGCAGAGCGAAGUCAAAGCCAUCUGGCCUAGUCCUCAUUAAAGCGCUGUUUAAGUGAAGUGCUCCCUUAAUAGCUUCUUGACUGCACGUUAGCAACCUCAGCUUGUAAUCCUCAACGUUUCCCUGCUCGCCUUCAGUCAGAUGUCAGACUGAGUCAUUAAAAGAGAUUUGUAACAAAGCCUGUGACAUGGCUGCCACACACUUUCCACACCAGGGACUUCAGAGCAGGCCUGUGUCCCCCACACGUUCCCUUACUGUUUAUGGCACUACAGAGCACUUGAGGAAGCACUAUUGUCUGCAGUCUUGGUGACACUGCUGGACAAAAAGCCCCUACAGGGAAUGGAAUGUGAGGUACGAUUAUACAGUAAUACUGUGGGUAGUACUGUAGUAUUUGUGCACAUAUGACGAUGCCUGGCAGUCACAUUGCAGGGCAUACCACUAACAAAGAUGACCAAAAGUCGUUAUAAUGAUGACACAAAAAACAUGAGGAUAAAAGCACCUCGAGGUGUUAAGCCCUGUUUCAAAUAUAUUUCCUGCUGUAACACACAUAUAGGGUAGAUGGGAUGUUCUUGUAUAUACUGGAAUGUAUGUAGUUUCAUUUACUGUUUGACCAAUUGUGUUCUGUCAUACAAGGGCUUGGGACAGAGUGGGUCUGUGGGAUGUUGGGAAAGACAUGUAUCAACCACUGGGUUUUCUUUGUUGUCUCCGUCUCCCAGUCUGCCCUGACUGCACCGCACAACACAGUGUAAAGCUCACACCACAUAUCUACUGCAGAGAUAAACAAGUCAAAAAGUGCUUUUAAAUUGUAUUCCAUCGCUUUCAAUUGUGCCACUCGGUGUCUGCUAGGAUGGUACAAUUAUUUUGUGAAUGAUAAAAUGCCAAAUUAAGGGGUUAUUUAUAUGAAGAUAUAUAUAAAUAAAUGAAUAUAUAUAUAUAUUAUAUAUAUUAGAUAUAAUGUGUAGUUUAAGAAUAUUAUGUUUGUUAGAGGCUUUGUUGCACUAUAGUGGAAUGUUUUUGUUGUGUGAUUACAUGUAACCUUUGGCUCUCUAGUUUGUCAAAAAGCCGAUUAUUUUUGCAGAGCAAGUCACCGAUUUCAUUUCCUCAGUUUCUACUGUAUCUCCUCUUUGUUUUCUAUUUGAACUGUAGCUUGUCAAUAAACCAUUCUGUGCGUGUUUUUGUAUUUAUAUUGUAUUGUUGAACUUAAAGCAAUGAAAAUACUGUUGUUAUCCAGCUCCUUUAAUACUGUUUUAUAGUAUGUGUACCAAUAAAUCCAGGUGUAAAACGGGAC